AUGUGCGGAAUUCUCGGGAUUUGUAUGGGUCAUUAUGACCGAGAUGAGGACAACUGCGAUGCUGCACAGGACAUCCAUGAGGCCAUGUACCUUCUUCAGCACCGAGGCCAAGAUGCUUGCGGUAUUGCUACCAGCUCUUACGGAGGACGCAUCUUCAUGAACAAGGAUUCGGGCAUGGCAGCGACCGUGUUCAAGGAUGGAAAGAGAACUACGGCGCAACCGUUCUAUGUCAACAGUCCUUAUGGAAUCUGCCUGUCGCACAAUGGCAACCUCACCAAUGCCGCCGAGCUCCGUGCCUUCCUGGACAAAGACGCUCACAGGCAUAUCAACACCAGCAGCGACAGUGAGCUGAUGCUAUCCGUCUUUGCCAAUGAGCUUAAUGAGACUGGAAAGGCGCGUAUCAACGAGACGGAUCUGUUCAGCGCGCUUGAGCGCACCUACAAGCGUAUACAGGGUGCCUGGGCCAGUGUCAUCAUGGUUGCUGGCUACGGCGUGGUUGCGUUUAGAGACCCUGAUGGCAUCCGCCCUCUGGUCUGGGGUUCCCGAAAGUCAACUACUGGCGAUGACGAUGAUGCUUACGACUACAUGGUUGCGUCUGAGUCGAUCGCCCUUCGCCAGCUGGGAUUCAAGAACAUCACUGAUGUCUUGCCUGGACAAGCUGUGCUCUUCAAGAAGGGCUGUCCUCCUGUUUUCCACCAGAUUCAAGAGCCGGCUUCUUACAGCCCAGACAUUUUUGAAUACGUUUACUUCGCAAGGCCUGACAGUGUCAUUGACGGGAUCAGUGUCCACGAGUCUCGAAACCGCCAGGGCAUCAAGCUGGCCGACAACAUCAUCGCAAGACUGGGUGAAGAGGCCGUCAAGGAGAUUGACGUUGUAAUCCCCAUCCCCGAGACUUCCAACACGGCUGCCGCCGCGUUGGCAGAGCGGCUUAAGAAGCCAUAUUCCAUGGGUUUCGUCAAGAACCGCUAUGUGUUCAGGACUUUCAUCAUGCCUGGGCAGCAAAUGAGGCAAAAGAGCGUUCGCCGCAAGCUCAGCACCAUUGAUUCCGAGUUCAAGGGCAAGACCGUACUGCUUGUGGACGACUCGGUGGUCCGCGGAACAACCAGCCGGGAGAUUGUCACUAUGGCGCGGGAGGCCGGAGCUCGCAAGGUCAUCUUCAGCUCUUGCUCGCCCGAGGUCAUUCAUCCCCACGUCCAUGGCAUCGAUUUGGCGUCGCAGAAGGAUCUCAUUGCCCAUGGACGCACCAACGCCGAGAUUGCCGAGCAAAUCGGAGCUGAUGACAUCAUCUACCAGACGGUCGAGGAUCUCGUGGCCUCAUGCGCCGAGCUGUCUCCUCGCGAUCCGAAGACGCAGACCUUCGAAAUCGGUGUCUUCAGCGGUUGCUACGUUACCCCAGUUUCCGCGGCCUACCUGGAGCAGCUCAACGAUGCCCGCAACAGCGGCAGAAAGCGUAAGGCGCUUGUUGCCAGCAGCGGUCCCGUGCUUUCCGGCCCCGCAGACUCUACUCCUGCUGCCAAAGUCGCCAAGAUUACUGGAUUGGCAGCCCGGACACGAGCUGAUCCGCAAUCCCCGGGAAACCGUGCGGACAUUGGCAUUCACAACGAGGCUCACGAUGGGGAGAACUAG